AACCCUAGCAAUCCCGCAUCGCGAAAAAAGUAAAUGAAUGAACAAAGUGUUAAAAGCCUAUUUUGGAGAAUAAAUUAAUAACGAAUACUAUUUUUGUCUAAAUGUUAAUUUGACAUGUUGAAUAAUAUUUUAAUACAAUUGCCUGCUUGCGAUAAAUAAAUGAGAAAGUUAGUUUUGGUCCGCAUAUAAACAAAAAUAGGCAGUGUUUUGUUAACUUAGUCACAGGUAUCUUAUGGCAAACUUAUCAGUAUAAAUGAAAAAUGGCCCAAAGCUCGCACGGAGGCAGCCACCGGCGGAGCAGAGACCACGAUGGAGGUGGUAUGCGAUACACCAACACCGACUGGGAGGCCAAGGAGGCUCUCUACCAGAGGGAACUCGAUGAAGCGAGGGCUAGGGCCACGCAGAUGGAGAAAACCAUGAGAUGGUGGUCCGACUGUACGGCAAAUUGGCGCGAAAAGUGGAGCAAAGUCCGCAACGAACGGAACAAGGCGCGCGAGGAAGCAAAACAGCUAAAAAACAAAGUUGACACACUAUCCAAAGAGCUGGCCACUUCCAAAACUGAGAAGACAGACCUAGAGCAACAGUUAAACGAAUUGAAAAGAGACAACGAAAAGCUUUUAAGUAUAGGAGAGAGCAGGAUACUGGGUGGCGAUCUUACUACCGAAGACGGGGUAGAACUGAGGCGGAAGAAUGUAGGGUACCUAUCGCCUAGUGAACCGUCAGCCCGACAAAGAGCCUCCUUAGACUCGCACAAAUUCUCUAACGUAGACAAUGUCCUCGCAAAUAAAUUGAGCGAGCUCAGGCUGCGCUUGGACGAAACGUGCAAGAAUCUCCAAAGUGAAAAGGAUGAGAAAGCAUUCCUUCUAUCCAAAAUAGAAACUUUGACUGCAGAGUUGCAUAACACGAAGUCAGAAAUAACUCACAGUGACCGGACCUUAGGGUCCACAGAUUCGAGUCACAGCGAGGUAGAAAGACUUCAAAAUGAGCUGCAGGACGAAAUAGCAGCGAAACAGGUCUUAGAAGAAAAGACAGCAGAAUUGAAAAUGGAGAUUGAAAGGUUGAAAUCAGAGAACACGAUACAGUGGAGCAAGCGGGAGUUGCUAGAAACUGAAAAUAUAGCGAUACUCAGAGAGAAUAAGAAAUUGUACAGCCAAGUUUGCGAGUUGAGGGAACAGAUACACAAACUCAACCGAAUAUCGGACGGGAGCGCUUAUUUCAGCGACCACAAUAGACUAGAGUCAAAUAUACUGUAUGUCAGAAAGACUAGUGCGAGUCCGAGAUCCCACGAGUCCAGUAACGGGUCAUCCGAAGCCAAUCUGCAUUUCGACGCCAAAACUAACACUUCCGGAGAAGACGACGAAUUAGCGAUAGUAGAAAGAAGUGAUAAUUGUUAAAAUACCUUUUCUCGGCUUUUCACGUGAUCUUUAAGCUCUGAAAUUACAAAAUUGCAGUUAGCAAGAAUCGCAAGUAGAACUAUCAAAGUUCUGUCAAAUUUGAAUUAGGAUCGCUGUCUGUGGUAUACGUAAUUUAUUCUUCUUUGAAUUUAGAGAUCGGAGUUGUUGAAAGAGGUUGUAUUUAAAGAAACUGUUGUUUAUGGUUCUGUGAAAAUCCUGAUUCUGCAAUAUGUACUAAAUAUUCUUAGCGCUUAAGGUACAAAUGGCUAUUCAAAAUGAUACAGGGAAAAUGGCUAGAAGAAGCCAUAUUAUCGGUUUUGCCAAACUAGGCUCACCAAUGUAAGCUAGAUUAAACAUUAUGACUUUCGAAUAAAUAUAGCAUUGCGGACUCUAUUGUAACAACUUAUAAAAGAAAAUAGAUCUGGUAAAUUAUUUUAUAGUAGAGAUUAAAAAACAGUAUCUUCUAGAGAGCCAAAUAUUGUCACAAAAUAUUGCAUUAAAAAGCAUUUAAAGUAAAUUAAAUCAUUCCAUUGCCUUCCAAAGCGAUCAUACAUAUUUAUCUGAAUGAGCAAUCAUCAUUAUUCAUUACUAUAAAACACCAUUAGGCUGCCUUUACACUUGUAAGUUUUGCUAGGGUAAGCAGCUUACGUAAAUAACUUUUGUUUUUUUUAUUAGCCUAUGCUGUCUCGCUGCAGAGGCCUCCCCCGUAUACUUCCAUCUCAAACUCAAACUCAAAAUCGUUUAUUCAAAUUAGGCUGAUAAAUCAGCACUUUUCGAACGUCAAAAACAAAAGACAGUCCCCAAAACGCCCGCCCUUCACCACUUCCUAUGUGUUUUUGCUGGGAAGAAGAAGUGGCGCAACAAACUCCCCAGCAACACAUGUCUGUCUAUAUUUAAAACCCAUUCCUUAGUGGCUUACAGUAUUAUCUUAGAACUUCUUACAACUUACGGAGGUAACUUACUAUUUUUUCGGAAGCAACUUACAAGUGAAAAGUCGGGGUUACAGCGAACUUUAGCGAAAAACUAAAUUAUUAGAUGAUGCUGGGUAAAGGUUACAGUAUACUGCAUACUAGUAAUACAUAUUAUAUUUUUUUGCAAAUAUUCUAUAUAUAGGAAAAAAAUCAUCAUUGCAAAUACUUAUGUAACACACCUGCAGACUUAUAAUUAUCUAUACUGAUAUAAUAAAGAGGAAACAUUCUUUUGUUUGUUUGUACCCUAACUAAAGGUGCCGAAACUACUAAACCGGUUUUAUUUCUUCCCAAGUGACAUAAGCCAUAUUUUAUCCCGGUACGGGCAGUAGUUCUCACAGGACACGGAUAAAACCGCGGGAAAACAUAAUUUCAGAUCAAAUAUUAAAAUAACUGUAACCUUUGCCCUAAACGAAUAGAAAUGUGAAGACUAGAAUCAUAUAGGUGUUACAUAAACAUAAUACUCUAGUGUUUGUUGAUCAUUGUGAUAGUCUAGUUUUACAAUAUAGGACGACUUUCAAAUAUUAACAGAGGCCUAGCAUUAACUUUCCACCUUAUUGUAAAACGUGGUCUUAAAAAAGUACCAGCUUUAGCACUAGGUUUAAACCAUCGUCCCGAACUAAGUUAUUAGUUUAAUACUAGAGCCGGUACUUCUAAAAUCUUCGAUUUAUAAUAAGGUGGAUGUAAUCUUAACUGAUUAUUAAAAAAAAUACCUUAAAUAAUCUGGCAGCAUAAUUGAUGUUAGAAAAAUAUUACCUUUAUUAAAACCUAAUAAAGGUAAUAAAAGGGUUAAAAAUAAAAAAAUAAGUGUAGGUACGUAAGAACCAAAAUAUUCUGCUUAAAUAUCAAAAGGUAGCUAGGCCCAAAAUACCUACACGUUAAGCUCGUUAAACUUUAUACACAACUAUCACAGCGAUGGUUUUUCUGGAUUUUUCGAUUGCUUACGAUCGAAGUGAUUUGACGAUCUUCAUUUGAAUUAUAGCUGUUGGAGGGUAGAAUAACUUGCUUCUGAUUUACUAUUUCUAACAUGAACAACAAUUAGAAAACUGGGUGACAACUAAGAUUAUUAUUUUUGUAGUAACAUUUCAUUGAUAUCGGUCCAGUAUUUCAGGAGAAAUACAGAAUAAAACAUGCUGCAUAUUCAACUCUUCGAUAGCUAUCAUUCACGUAUUAAACGAUAUUAACUAGAAAAGCUAAACUAAUUUUAACAAUGCUUAAUUUUAAGGCCUAAUCUGCGUAUUUUGUUUAUUUUUCUAAGUUAUUUAUUUGCUUUACUUGCCUUACGGCAUAAUAUUUACAUGUUGACUUUCAAAAUGUGAUUUUCAUGACAAACAUAAUAACAUGAUUUGUGUAAGAAUGAUCAAAUAUUUAAUUUACAAAUAGAAGUUGCAAAACGUGAAAGUUUCGACUGAAAAAGAAAAUAUUUCAUGCCCCUUACCCUUAUCUACUAUUUAUAUUAUUCAAAUCAUGAUCAAGUUUAUUAAAAGUAUCAAAACCUUUAAUUUGCAUUGGCCUAAGAAAUGAAGUUCAAACAAAGUGUCCUACAAUACGAUAUUAAAAUUGUAUAGUAAAAUAUUAUAAUGUACCUAAUUAUUAGAUAUCAAUAAAGAAAUGUCGUGUACUA